GAUGUUGGGGAUUUAAAGGAUGAACUAUUUCUGGAGCAAGAUCUUGUUGGAGAGUUACAGGAAGAUUCGCUGCUGGAGACGGGAGCUGUGAGUGGCCUUGUGGAGGAGCAACAGCUAAUAUUAGGAGUUGCUGUUGUUGAAUAG